AACCAUAUUGCCCGAAAUCACAUUAUAUAACAGUUGCUUCGCCCCACUAUAAGUUAGUUCUUGAAGCAUGAUGCAAAUUAUUUCGUUUAUCAUGUUGGUACGAUAGAUGCUUCGCCGCACGAUUCGAAUCAUGUCAGACCAACAGAUAGCCAGCCAAUCGAAUUUGUCGUAUGAAUCGUCUUCGCUCGCAAUUGUGCAGGCAGAAUCGCUGUGGAAACGGCAAAUGGAGAGCGAUAAGGCAAAGCAAUAAAUCCGGGGACAUAUUGAAAAGCGAAAUGAACGUCGGAGAACCCCCUUAACUGUAUCUUAUCGAGUUAAAUACAUUAUCAGAUACAGCUUUCCUUCCCAUUAAGGAGGGUUGCAAUGACACAUGUUACUCUAUAUACUCCUUAUGGCACCAGUACUCUGUGUUCCUGAUCAUGCUUCAAUCUUUUCUAUUAUCCGCUAGUUUGACUUUUUUUUUUUGAAGAUUUCGAGACGAAAUGAGUAGCUCCAAAAAGGCCAGCUCUUCAGAGAAAGAUAUCGGUAUCACUGACCUGGAAACUGGCUCUGUUCAUGAGACUGCAUUGAAGAUAGAAUCUUUAAACGUAGAAAACUCUACCGAGCACAAACCAACCGCGCCGAGACAAGAGAUCACGUAUAUCCAAGGAUGGAGGUUCCAUCUUCUAAGUUUUGCGAUUGGGUUGUGUGUAUUUCUGGUAAAUAUGGAAGUCUCCAUUGUGGGCACUUCACUCGUAUCCAUGACAAACGAGUUUCAUGGUUUCGAUGAAUCCACUUGGGUUAUAACGGCAUAUCUCGCUACUUACACAGGUGAAUUUCUGAUCAUAUGGGGAAGACUCAGUGAUGUGUUUGGUCGAAAAUGGACCUAUGUUGCAACAAACUUCAUAUUCCUUGCUUUUUCAGCUGCCUGUGGAGCGGCCCAAUCUAUGUUACAAUUGAUUAUCUGUCGUGCAUUUAAAGGCUUGGGUGCCUCGGGUGCAUUUUCUGUCUCCUUGACAAUCUUUUACGAAUUUAUCCCACCACCAAAGUACCCAUUGUACGGGAGCUUUAUAUCCAUGCUGAGUACUGUUGGUGCUCUUGUUGGUCCCUUAGUAGGUGGUGCAAUUGAUACCACUUCUACGUGGAGAUGGGUAUUCUUUUUGAAUGUCUUUGGAACAACGAUCAUACUUGGAUUGGUUAUCUUUUUGCUUCCUGGAAAAUUCCCAUAUCACGGAUCAUCUGCAUCGUCAGCGACUACCCCCUGGCAAUCUUUGCUGAAAAGAGUUGAUUUCGUAGGCGCUUUCUUACUUUUAAGUGCUUCAGUCCUUGUCAUUACAGCAUUACUCGAGGUCUCCACGGUCUUCACAUGGUCUUCGGCUACCACUGUAUGUCUCUUGACAAUAUCCGGUUUGAUUUGGAUAGGAUUUAUCGUGUGGGAGUGGUUUGUUGGAAGCAGCAAGGACAUUCAAGAACCAAUGUUCCCUCGAGUUUUACUUGAGAAUCGAACGUGGAUGGGAAUAGCUUUGACAUCCUUCCUCGUUGGUAUCCCAUCUCAAAUCAUUACCAUUGAAAUUCCCCAGAAAGCACAAGCCGUAUACGGAGACUCCCCUUGGCAAGCCGGAUAUCGACUAAUAGCUUACACCCUUGCUGUUCCCGUUGGCAGCAUUGUUGCAAAUACGAUUAUUGGCAAAACCAAAAUACCUCCUAUCUAUCUCCUAUUCUGCGGUACUGCCAUCCAAGUGCUUGGCGUUGGAUUGUUACUGACAGCCCCGGCCUCUGGAAUUGUUCCUGGGCAAAUUCAUUUUUUUGAGACGCUUAUUGCUUUCGGGGUUGGCAGCUCUUUCGCCAUACUUCUGGUAUUAAAUCCGCAUUGCAUUGAGAGACAAUAUAUCGCCACUGCCUCUGGCGCAGUCGUCCAAUUCCGUAUGACAGGAAGUACACUCGGUCUAGCGUCCGUUACCACAGCCCUCAACAAUCAUCUAUCAGGCCAUCUCCCGAAGAUCCUCAAUGAUACUCAACUCAAAAGUGUUCUAUCAUCUACUUCUGCGAUAUCUUCUCUGGAAGAACCUUUGAAAGCUCAGGUAUAAGAGGUGUUUGGACAGGGGUACGAUUUGCAAUUAAAGAUUCUGAUUGGAUUUAUGGCGGCACAAUUCUUGACUUUGUUAUUGAUUUGGAAUUGGAAAAGGCCACAAAUGAGUAUACAUAAGAGUGGCGGGCAUUAGGGAGUGAGUGAGGAUUAGCUGGGCUAGUGAUAAGUCGCCAUAUUCAUGCUUCUCAUGGUAUGUGAGAAGGUAUAUCUUGUAACCAUCGAUGAGCAGCCUGGGAGGCAACUGGGGAAUGAGGAAUGAAGUUCAUCUGAAUUCCUGAUAUAAGAAUAUGGGGCGUGAUAAGGCUGAUGAGAGGUUUGUGUACUCCGUAAAUAGCUGAUAUAUUCAAUAAUAAGUGCCGAAGGAACGACGAUCAUCUCAUGUGCGAGAAAGAGUCUUCUUACAUGGUUGCCCAAAACCGUUCAAGUCGACCUGCAACGGAUCACAUACAUAUUAGCCAUACUAGACUCUGGAGAUCCUUAUAAAUUCAUUUGAGUUCCUCCCUACUAGAUAUAUCUCUGCUCUCGAUAAGUCUUCUCAAAGUCUAUGCCGCACAUCAGUAUCGGUAUGGAUAAGAUACAACUACUUACUUUGUAUGUUUCCAAGUACUGCGUGCAGAGCCGGAUCACCCCGUGAAUAGAAAAAUCUUGACCUCUUAUUCGUCAACUUCAGGCUUCUCUCUCUACUUUGUAUAAUAUUAUCAUACGAGUCUUUCUUCUGUUGUAGUCAAUAUCGGCCAAUAAUGAAUCCGUGCUCUCCCAUUUAUUAGAUUCGUGCCCCCCCCCCUUUCUUGAUUUAAAAUAGCCCUGUGUAUUACCCCUGUCGCAUCAUUAGUAACAUUAUCCACUUUUGUCAAAAGUGAGGAUAUAUUAUAUUCUAGAGCAACAUGAUAUAACAACAUCACGGGCUUGUGGUUUAGUGGUAUAAAACCACCCUUACUUGAACGUGACAUUCCUAAUGAAUGCUGCUUGAAAAAUGGUGAACUCGGAUUUCGUAAACAGGU